CUCAGAGACGGAGGGGCCGUGGCAAAGGGCACGGGGAACAGCGUGGGAGGCAGGUGGGGUGCAAGGAAGGCCCAUGGCCAGUGGGUUCCUGGAGCUGAGUCACUGCCUUGGGGUGGGGCGGGGGGAUAGUUGUGCUCUAGCAGCUCCAGCGGGCAGCACUGGGGCAGGUUUGAGGACAGAAAUCUAUUUUCUGCCUGACAGUGUUAUGUGCUGCCCUGUAAAGUGGUGAGCUCCCUGUCCUGGGAGUUGUGCAAGCAGAGACACGCUCCCUGGGGCUGCAGCUCCUCAGGGGGCUUCCAAGUACCAGCACGAGAGCCUUGGUCCAGUUCUGCCCGCCGCUCUGACAUGGGCACAGCUGCCUGUGGCGGGGGGGGGGCCGCGGGGGGGCUCCCCUGGACGGCUGCAGGGCUGUGUCUCCGAGAUACCCAGCGGGGGACGUCUGCACAUUCACUGUUUACAGACACUGCAGCAGCUGAGCACAGAUGUGCGGCCAGCCUGGCGGGGACAAGGGUCGGUGGGGCGGCUCCCCCAAGCUUGUUGGGACUCGCGCAGCCCUGAGCGGGGAGGGAAGCAGGACUGGGCAGGCGCUGGAGGGGGCGGCAGGGCGAGGCUUUCCAGCCUGGCCAGGCGGACCCAAGGAGACUUCCUCCAGAACCAGGCUCGGUCCAGCUCCAGGCCCAGGUGCCUCCUCCAACAGGCCUCAGAGCGGUCCUCCCGGGCUGCGCCCUCAGCCCCGGCCCCAGCCAUGGCCGUGCAGGUGCCCCUGUGGCACCACUACCUGCAGGCCAUCCGCUCGCGGGGGGCACCCCGGGCACAGGACUACCAGCGUGCCGAGAACGUGCUGCUCACGGUGCUGGAGCGAGUGCACGCCCUGGACCCCCGCUUCCUCGUGGACUACUCCCGGGACCUGGAGGCCUUCCAGUUUGCCCUGCGCUCCUCGGAGGACCCGCUGGACAUGGAGGUGCCCCUGUGGGUGGACGCCGAGGCCCUCCUGGUCGAGGAGGUGGGGGCCGCGGAGGCAGGGGCCGGCCUGGGCUGCUGCCGCCUGGGCAUCCCUGGGGACGGAGCCGGCCUGGAGCACUGGAUGGCGGCCGACGUCUUCCACGCCUCCUCGGAGGCCGGCGCCCAGUGCUGCGGUCACAUCGUGCCCAGCAAGGUCCUGCGCGUCCUCAAGGACCUCCUGGUGGCGGCCAUCGUGCACUGCAAGCACCACAGCCUCAUGGCGCCAGGCUCUCUGAACGCGGACAGCCUGAAGGAAGAGCAGCUCCACCUGUCCCUGCUGGUGUCCAGCGGCUGGAGGACCAUCCGCUUCCACGUGGUGCCCGUGGUGCGGAGCAAGCUCAGGGUGCCCGCCCUGGAGAGGACGCUGACCCCUGGCUUCCCCGAGGGCAGCCUGAGAAGGAUCAUCCGCCAAGAGGUGGCCCUGGUGCCAGCCAGUGCUGAGUGCUGGAGGGUCUCCACUGACUACCUGCUCACCAGGCUGCUUGCUGCGCUGGGCUCCCUCCAGGGCCACCGCCUGGACAGCCUCUCCAUCCUGGACCGGGUCAACCACGAGAGCUGGCGAGAUGGUGGCCAGAGCCCGGGCCUGACCUUUGGCCACCUGAAGACGGUGCUGCUGUGGGCCUCGGUUCUCUUCCCGGCGCCCGAGGACUGGGCAGAGCUGCAGGGCGCCGUGUACCGGCUGCUGGUGGUGCUGCUCUGCAGUCUGGCCACCAGGAAGCUGCCCCACUUCCUCUCCCCGGAGCGGAACCUGCUGCAGGACCCCGACCUGGACCUCGGCGCCCUCUACCAGCGCGUGGAGCGCUUCGCCAGCCAGCCGGAGGCGUCCCUGCGGAUCCACGUCACCCACCUGGGCCCCAGCCCCCCGCCGCGCAUCCGCGGGGGCAUCGAGGCGCUCCUGCAGCUGCCCGCCCGCGACCCCGCCUACUGGGCCACCGCCUACUUCGACGUCCUGCUGGACAAGUUCCAGGUCUUCAGCAUCCAGGAUAAGGACCGGAUCUCAGCCAUGCAGUGCGUCUUCCAGAAGAUCAAGACUCUGGGCACCAGUGACUGCUGAGCUGGGCACGCGUCUCACCACCCACGCUGGGCUGCACUGCCCCACAGAGGCUCCUGGGACGUCUGGAGAAGGGACUGGGCCCACCCUGAGCGGGUGGGGGGUCGGGGAGGGCCUUUGUCCCAGGGACCACCUGAGCCUGUCUGGGAUCAGCCCCGGUGUCUGAGCGUGCUGGGCAGCGGGUCCCCAGAGGCUCUGGGAUGACGGGGCCACGCACUUCGUGGGACAUGUGUUGGUCCAUCUGUGUGAUGGCAUCCAGAUGGAAAACCGAGUGGCCCAGUGAGACCUGCCGCUCGUCCCCACCUGCAUCGUGCACUGCUCCGCGUGGUGGCAUCGCUGUAUCUGACCUUGAAUAAAUGAGGGCACUGCAUGUGCACAGUGGAGCCGGGA